AUAAAUGAGCUUUAUAAUGCUUUAUAUCGAUAUUCGAUAAAAGCGAAGUUUUGAUAAACUCAUUUAUUAACAUUUGUGCACAACAGUUGUUUUCGUUUUGAUAAAAAAUACGUUUUAAUACAUUUGGCAGUAAUACGACUUAUAGACAACAAAUAAAUAUACGCACUGUUGGAUGUGUUAAACUCACUGACGUCUGCAAAACAAACUUUAAUAUGCGUUGCCUUCUUUGCAGAGUGUUCUUAAAUGAAUGCGAUGAAACUGAAGACAUUAAUAAAAAAUCUCCUUUUUCGAGAAAGUCUUUCCAUUCAAUUGUUGAAUAUUUAGCGAAAACAGCUAAACCCCCUCUUGUUGCAACAUGGACUAAUCAAUUCAAUGAUUGCUAUAUCUGUAAAACUUGCUACUAUGAUCUUGCAUUAUACGACGAGUAUAUGGUCAAAUUGUUGGAAAUACAAAAACGUAUUAUUUCAUUUUUGCGGAAUCCAGAGCUUAGCGACGAGCUUAUAGCAAUACAAGCGUUGGAUGAAUGCAUAGAAGCUGGUAAUGUAAAAAUAGAAGAAAUUGAUAUAAGUAAUCAAAGCACGACCGGAGAGAGUUGUACUGGUGAUGAAAAUAAUGAUGAUAAGACUUUUGUAGAAAAUAGUGAAGAUUUCAAGGAUGUAGAUGAAAUGGUAUCGAAUAUAAUGAAAGACGCUCCCGUUAGAGUUCGCAAGUACAACGUUCCAGCUAAAUGUGAUAUAUGUAGUACAGUUUUCAAAAAUAAAACACAUUUGAAUCGACAUUUAAACGUUGUACAUAAACCAUCUAAACAAAUUUGGAAAUGUGAAGUUUGUGGUAUUAUCGCAAAGGAUGAAGAAUAUUUGGAAUUGCAUAGAAAUAUUCACGAAGGAAGGUCUGAUUUGGAAUGUCGGUUCUGCAAUAAACGUUACUCUCGCAAAAUCAAUGUUAUUCGACAUAUGCACAAACAUUGGGACAAAAAAAAUUUUCAGUGUGAAAGAUGUGGAAUAAGGUUCUCUGAGUUACCAGUUUACUAUAAUCACAAAUUGCAGCAUGAUGCUGAAGAUGACCCGCUGAUUUGUGCCAUAUGUAACCAAUCAUUCAAAACACGGCGUACUUAUAGAAACCAUUUAUGGGUACAUCGUGAUGAUCGACCACGUUAUAGCUGUGAAAUUUGCGAAAAGAAGUUUGUUGAAAAAUAUACACUCAAAGUUCACCUCAGAUGUCAUACUAAUAAAGAUGGAGAACGCAAUGGGGGAAGAAGAAAAAUUAAACCUUCGGUGCACCAGGAAGAAAAAUCCUUCGAAUGUGUUAUAUGCCGUGAUCAAUUUUCUUCCAAGGAUAUAUGCAAUCAACACAUGAAAGUACAACACGAUGUUAUUUUAAAAGCGGAUGACAUACCACUUAUUUGAAAUAAAUACAAAUUCAGUAAUUUUGGAUAUUUGUAUAUCUUUUUAUUUGGUCAUCGGCAUAUUCGUAAAGGAAAAUAUAUAAUUAGUGCAGAUGGUGAAACUACUAUUUAACAUAGUACUAAUUAGUAACUCUGUUCUGAUCUAGUUCGCGUAUUUAUAAACGGACGGACAUGUCUAAAUCGACACAAUUUAUAUAUUGUCUCCGACAGUUCCUUCUGGGUGUUACAAACUUCGUGGUAAACUUAGUAUACCCUGUUCAGCAGUGAUGAACCACACUUACAUAUAUAAAUAAGUUAAUAUCUAAGACUUAAAUUUAAAUCAAUGUAGUACUAAUCUAUAAUUUACAAAAUUUACUGAUGAAUUAAUUGUUGUUUUUUAAAAUGUACUCGUGUGAACAUAUUUAAGAUGAUAGUCUAAAUUUGCUUGUGCACUGAACAUUUGACCGCAUAUAUGACAAGCUUUCUUUGACUCGUCAUCGACUACAUCAAAUUCAGAAAAAUUAUUGAUCGUUAAGGAUUUAAUUAUAACGUCAUGCUCUUUCUCCAUAUGUUUAUUUAGAUGAUCCUUAGCUGUAAAUAUUUGAUCACAAAUUACACAAUUGAAUUUGA